AUGGUCCCUUCCAUGGCUGCCUUCUUCUUCCUCCUCUUCACUCUCCUUCCUUCCUUCAUCUCCCCUUCCCCAAUCACCCUCCCUCUGCAACAACAUCUCCUCCCGCCCACUUCCUUCUCGAGCCCUUACCAGAAUCUCAACUCCCUCGUCAACUCUUCCCUCACCAGAGCCCACCAAAUUAAACACCCUGCAAACCGGCAAUCUGCGACUUCCACCUCCUCAGCUUCCGAUUUCACCGCCAAAACCGAGCUCUCCCCACACAGCUAUGGCGGCUACUCCACUUCCCUCAGCUUCGGAACCCCUCCCCAAACCCUCUCCUUCGUCGUCGACACCGCCAGCAGCUUCGUCUGGUUCCCCUGCACCACUCACUACUUCUGCGAGCAUUGUGUCUUCCCUUCACCCACCUCCAAAAUUCCCUCUUUCAUCCCCGUGCUCUCCUCGUCUUCAAAAAUCGUCGGAUGCAGAAACCCCAAAUGCUCCUGGAUCCACGGCCGGCGCCGGCGGUCCGAACAGUGCGGGAAUUGCGGUUACAACGGCGGUGGUCGGCGGUCUAGGUAUUGUUCUCAGAUCUGCCCGCCGUAUCUAAUCCUCUACGGUUCGGGGACCACCGGAGGCGUCGCUCUCUCCGAAACCCUCCGAUUCCGUAACCUAACGAUCCCCAAUUUCCUAAUUGGAUGCUCCGUUUUCUCGUCUCGCCAACCCGCCGGAAUCGCGGGACUCGGCCGCGGCCGUUCCUCUCUCGCGAGUCAACUCGGGCUCGCUAGAUUCUCCUACUGCUUGCUUUCCCAUCAAUUCGACGAUGACUCUGUUCGGAGCGGGUAUUUGGUCCUCGAUUCCGGGUCGGACUCGGGUACGAAGACCCGGGGGAUGAUCUACACCCCGUUCGUUAAGAAUCCGUUCGUCCUCAACAAGCCGGACUACUCCGUCUAUUAUUAUCUUGGUCUCCGGCGAAUCAGCGUCGGCGGGCGGCGCGUGGAGAUCCCGUACCGGCACCUGUCCCCCGGAAUCGACGGCAGCGGCGGGACGAUCGUCGAUUCCGGGACCACGUUCACGUUCAUGUCUCGCGGCGUGUUCGAGCCCGUGAGCAGAGAGUUGGUGGCGCAGAUGGAGAGGAGCAAUGGCAAUUACAGCAGGUCACGCGCCGCCGAGGCCGCGACUGGGCUGCGGCCCUGUUUCCGGGUUCACGGGAAGGGCGCGGCGGCGUUUCCGGAGCUGAAGCUCCAUUUCAAGGGCGGCGCCGACAUGGUGCUGCCCGUGGAGAAUUACUUCACGUACGUCGGCUCCGGCGAGGUGGCGUGCUUGGCGGUGGUGACGGACGGGAUGGAAGAAGGGAGCGGCGGCGGGCCGAGCGUGAUACUGGGGAACUUCCAGAUGCAGAAUUUCCGGGUGGAGUAUGAUUUGGCGAAUCAGAGAUUUGGGUUCAAGCAGCAACCUUGCAGCCACCAUUGA